AUGAGACUUGAUGCAGAAGACAAUCGGGCGCCAGAUGAUGAUGCAGUCGGAAUUGAUGAUGUGAUUUCAAACGAAGCAGUUGCUGAUGAAACUACGAAUGCAGACACAAUAGAUGAACCUGUAGAAGAUGAUGAUCAAGGCAAUAAUGAACCGAUUGAUGAUGAAAACGAAAAUAAUUUACAAGGUGAUACUCAAGACGCCAACGAACAAAUGGAUGGAGUUGAUGCACAAGGUGAUGAUCCAGAUGAAAAUAGCCCUAUUGAUGAAGAAGAAAAAGAACAUGUGGGACAAAAUGACGAGCCAGGUGAAGGUGAAGAAUCACUUAACAAGAUACAAGAUAAUGAUGUACAACCUGGGGAACAGGCUGACACGUUGAAAAAUUUAGAUCAGAUAUCAGCUUUCAAAUUAAACAAGGUUGAAAUAGAAAAGUUUAAAAUAUGGCCGGAAGCUAAAGUGCUGUACUUCAUCGACGAGUUUUCUUAUGACAAAGGUCUUCGAGACAAAAUCCGCAGCUAUCUGGACUACACGCAACGUCGUACAUAUAUACAUUUCCACGAGCUCACUGAGCCGCCGAAGGACGAAAAUGAAAGAUGGGUAUUUUUCGUCAAUCGAAGAGGACAAUUAGACUGCAAGGACUAUUCCACUAAAUCCUUUACAAAUAGUGGCGUCCAGAAAGUGACAGUUGGCUACGAUUGCCUCAGACACGAGGGACCGAUGGCGGCAAUAGUUCUGGCGUUGUUGGGCGUGCCGCCUCAACACAACUCGCCUGAUCGUGACAAGUUCAUUACUGUUGCCACGGAACAUAUUCUGCCAGAAAAGUCGGGUUUGUUCAAGUUGUUAACAAAUGACGAGUGGCUAUUCCAUGAUUUUCCUUAUGACUAUAAUAGUGCAGGCCACUAUCCUGCACAUAAAUACACUGCAAAUGGAGACAGAACUAUAGAUAUUAGGAGUGAUAAAUAUAGGAGAGAUUUCCCACAUUUUGACAAUAUUAUUAACACUGAAGAACCAAAAGAUUACAGCCCAGGUGAUAUAAAGAAAAUAGCAUCGCUUUAUAAUAACAUUAUAUUCGAAACUAUAAAGGCCCUCAAACUUGAAGACUGCAAAGCUUUAUAUCGCCCAAGGCCCGGAUUUGAAAAUACCAGACUGGCACAGCUAAAAGACGUACCUAAAAGACCAAAACCAAAACAGUAUCUCUUUGCGGUUAAAAAGUUAUACGCAUAUAAGGACUAUUAUGGUGAAACCCUUAGUUCACUAGAAAGUUAACAAGUGAAUUGGAAGAACUAUUGUAUUUAAAAAGAAACCAAAGUAAUAAACUCGAAAAACUAACACCAUUAAAAUGUUAUAACUUAUAACGUUUUGAGAUUUUAAAUAAGUACAUACCAAAUUUUGAAGAUGAUAAAACUAUAAUAUGACUGACUUCUGAAAAUAUAUU